CCCGAGGUGCCCUUCUCAGUCGGAUCCUUACUACUUGCGAGGAAGAGAGCGAGAGCGGCGUCGCUGACGGAUCUGCGUACAGACCACGGUCCAGAUAGACAGACAUCGGGUCGCACUUUUUUUGAGAGGGAAAAUUCAGACGCCACGUAAACAUCAGUCAUGGAUGAUGAGCAGACAGCGACCAUGCGCAAGGUGUUCCAGAUGUUCGACCAAGGCAAGACGGGCUUCGUGGAAUGCAGCAAGUUCGUCAACAUCCUCAACACGUUAGGGCAGGCCUUCGACGAGGACGAGCUCAAGGCGAGAAUCGCCGAGAAUGACCCCGAUAAGGAAGGAAAGGUAGACUUCGAGAAGUUCUGUUCCAUCGUAAUGCCAUUCUUGGAAGAGGAUGACGACGAGGCUAUGCACGAAGAAUUGAAAGAAGCCUUCAGGCUGUACGACAAAGGAGGCGAUGGCUACAUCACCACGGGCACCCUCAAGGAGAUUCUCAGAGAGUUGGACAACAAGCUGACGGAGGAAGACUUGGACGGCAUCAUUGAUGAAAUUGAUGAGGAUGGAUCUGGCACUGUGGACUUCGAUGAAUUCAUGGAGAUGAUGACAGGAGAAUGAAUGGGGUUACCUUACCUCCGUGCAGAGGCCUCCCAGAUUUCAGUGGGUUUAUUUGGCCUUUGCAUCGGCUCUCCUCUUCUUUCAGCGUCUCUCACUGUUUCUCUUGACCGUCGUCUUCCCUCUUCUGUUGCAUGGAAAGUAAUAUCUAUAUUGCGUCUGUUGUUGUACAAGAAUUUCUCUAAAUAAAGUCUAUAUUUCUGAA